UUGCCAUCAAGGACAGUGCAAAUCCUCUCCCAACAGUCAUGUACCAAGGAUUUGAGAGAUUCGACAUCAAGAUUGUGCUUGAGGUCACCAUUCCCUCCCUGACAGAGGAGCCAACUGACAUGUCGGCUCAGCCCAGACUCCAGGACUCGGUGGCUCAGACCAUCUUUGACGCAGGGACCAAGAUCAUUUACAGCAACGUC